AUGCUGUCUACCGUGCUCUGUGUGAUUGCGUUGGCUCUCCUCGUUGCAUUUUACAGGCAACGAAGAGAGAAAAUGCAAGUGUUUGGUCGGAUGGGGAUUCCCGGCCCAAGACCACAUUUCUUAUUUGGAAAUCUACUUUCCUUUUUCCGUAAAAGUUUUUAUAUAAAAUACCAAGAAUGGUACAGAGAGUAUGGGAAAACAUUUGGGUACUUUGAGGGCCCCACUGCGGUUCUGGUGACUACCAAUAUGGAACUUUUACACGAAGUAUUCGUCAAACAGUUUAAGAAAUUUCAUGCGAGAAAAGUUUUUCCAGUUCAGGUAGAUCCUGACAGGGAUGAAAAUGUCCACAUGUUCUUUGCUAGAGGCGAGCGAUGGCGACGUCUUAGAUCCAUCAUCAAUCCAGCCUUCAGUACGACGAAAAUGCGUAAUAUGACGCCGAUGAUAAACACUCGAAUUGAUCAUCUCAUGGCGGUGGUGGAUACGUAUGGACGAAACGAUGACGAUUUCGAUGUGUAUGACGUUUUCCAAAGACUAACUAUGGAUACAAUAGCGGAAUGUGGACUUGGUCUUGAAAAUAGCUCUCUAAAAAAUCCAGACGAUUGUUGGCUUAAACACUCCAGGAAAGUAAUUACGGACACAACGAAACGUCCUUUUCUCUUUCUUCUCGGAUUUAUUUUCCCUAAGUUCCACGAGUUAUGGAUCACAAUUUACAAGCUACUGGGCUAUCUAUCGUUUAAUCCUGUUUUUUGGUUAGAAGAGAAGAUCAAAGAAAUCGUCAAUGAAAGAAAGGAUUUACAGGUAAAUAAAGUUGACCUUCUCCACUUGAUGUUGAACUCCGAGUAUGACCCUAACACUGGUAUCGAGGAGUUAGACGCAGCAAAUAAGAUGGUUAGGAAGAGACUUCUGACUACGGAGGAGCUGACAGCCCAAUCUCUCCUGUUCCUGUUGGCAGGGUAUGAGACAACUAGCACUACCCUCGCGUAUAUUGUAUACGAAAUGGCUGUCAAUCAGAAAGUACAGACAACACUCCAGGAGGAAAUAGACAGAUAUUUUCCUGACCAGGCAGACAAUCCGAGCUAUGAUGCCAUCCAACGAAUGGAGUAUCUCGACAUGGUUUGGUGUGAAACUCUUAGAAAAUGCCCCCUUGCUAGCACUGUUGUUGCCCGUGAAUGCAUGGAGAAUUGCAUAAUUGAGGGUAUCAAGUUAACCAAAGGGAUGCUUAUACAUGCUAAUGUUUGGGCUCUUCACUAUAAUGCGGAGCUGUGGGGAGAGGAUCCGGAUCAAUUUGUGCCCGAAAGGUUUUCAGCCGAAAGAAAGAGGAAGAGAAAUCCAAUGGCUUGGAUGCCCUUUGGGAGUGGACCUCGAGCAUGUGUGGGUCUCCGAUUGGCCCAAUUACAAGGGAAAAUGGCAAUGAUUAGACUAUUUAAGAAUUACAGAAUUGUACCGUCCGAGAAGCUCUCAAUCCCUUUGAAGUAUGUUGAGGGAGCUACAAUCAUACCUAAAAACGGCGUGCCUAUAAAGGUGUAUAGACGUAACAUUGAUGACAGCAGAGGAACUUAA